AAACAAUUACCUCUCUUUCUUCAUCUCCUAAUACCUUCCUUCCCACUUCAAUCAUGGAAAACAAUACAUGUUUAGUUUCUUCUCCUUCUUCAAAGUUAGCAAUUCAUGUGUUCUUUGUUUGUGCUGUGUUCAUCAUGUUUAGCUCUUCCAUGGUUUCCUCUGCCAACUUCUUGACGGACAUUGGCCACACAUGGGGUGGAGGUGACAGAAUUCAAAUACUCAACAAUGGUGAAGGCAUUGCUGUCUCCCUCGACGAAACCUCCUGCUCUGGAUUCCAAUCUCGAGACCAAUAUCUCUAUGCCAAGAUUGAUUUGCAAAUCAAACUUGUGUCUGGAAACUCCGCUGGUACUGUCACUGCAUUUUACCUAUCGUCUAUAGGGGAGUUCCACGACGAAGUAGACUUCGAAUUCUUGGGAAGAGUUGAGGGAGAUCCUUACAUUCUGCAAACAAACAUGUUCAUCCAUGGAGUUGGUAAAAGAGAGAUGCAAUUUUUUCUUUGGUUUGACCCGACAGAUGAUUUUCACAACUACACCAUUCUUUGGACGCCCCAACAUAUUGUGCAAUUGGUGGACGGGAUUCCGAUAAGAGAAUUAAAGAAUGAGAAAGGAAAGCGUGCACCAUUCCCAACGAUGCAACCAAUGAGAAUUUACGGCAGCAUAUGGAACGCGGACAGCUGGGCUACAAGAGGCGGUGCAGUGAAGAUAGACUGGACCAAGGGUCCGUUCCGAGCAUGGUUCAAGAAUUUAAGAGUGGAUGGUUGCUUGCGCUCCCAUGAAAACUCCAAAUCCAAUUGCACUAAGUCUUCAACUUCAUGGCUCUCCUCCACCCUUGAUAAUAAAAGCAAACAACGAAUGAAAUGGGCUCACACCAAAUAUAUGUUCUACGAUUACUGCACUGACACUAAACGUUUCCCUAAGGGUCUCCCUCUCGAGUGUUAAUUUUAGAUCAAUUUCUCUUUUCAUCAUUGUUUUGGGUUUACUCAUCCAUUUCUAACAAACAUUUGUCAUUCCAUUCUUGAUUUGUAUGAAUAAGCAUGAUCUUGACCACCUUUUUUUCA